AUGCCACGUCCUGAAAACCUGUCCUGUGUCCUGUACGGGCCUGGCAAAGUCCGCUUCGAGGAGCGCCCGCUGCCCGUCGUCGAGGAUGCCCACGAUGUAGUCGUCCGCAUCGCCUACGUGGGCGUCUGCGGAACCGACGUGCGCUUCUGGACGCACGGCGGCAUGAUACGCACCGUGUCUGAAGACCGGCCGCUGGUCAUGGGCCACGAAGCCUCGGGAGUCGUGGAUGCUGUGGGCGCAGCCGUCACCCGCGUCCAGCCCGGCGACCACGUCGUCAUCGAGCCCGGGUUCCCAUGCCACAAGUGCAAGCUGUGCCUGCACGGCAGAUACAACCUGUGCCCCAGCAUCAAGUUUGCCGCCGACCCGCCGCAGGACGGCACCCUGUCCCGCCUCUACCGCCUGACGGAGCAGUUCGUCUACAAGAUCCCGCCCUUCCUGGGCCUCCAAGAGGCCGUCCUCGUCGAGCCCCUGAGCGUCGUCGUCCACGGCGCCCGCCUCGCCCCCCUGGCCCCCGGGUGCAGCGUGCUCGUCCAGGGUUCCGGCACUAUUGGCCUCCUCGCCGCGGCCACGGCGCACGCCUUUGGCGCUGGGCCAAUCUUUGUCGCCGACAUCAACCGCCAGAAGCUCGACUUUGCCAGGGGCUUCGUGCAGUGUGCCACGUUUGCCCCCGACGCCGCGUCGACGCCCGAGGCCAACGCCGCCAGGUUCAAGGCCGAGACGGGGCAGGCUGCCGGCGUCGACAUUGUGUUUGAGUGCACCGGCGCCGAGUCCGCUGUGCAGACUGGCCUUCACGCCCUGGCCACGGGUGGCACCUUUGUGCAGAUUGGCAUCGGCAAGUCGGAGCAGGUGCUGCCGCUCACGCUCAUGUGCGAGAAGGAGGUGGACUUUCGGAACUCGUUCCGCUACGGGCCGGGGGACUUUGACCUGGCCAUCAAGUUGCUCGAGACACGCAAGUUUUCGGUCAAGUCGUUUAUCAGCAAUAUUUUUCCCUUUGAGAAGGCGGUCGAGGCUUGGGAAAAGACGCGCCAGGGCGAGGGGGUCAAGAAUCUAAUUCAAGUUGCCGGAGACUAG